UAUAUCUUCAUAUGUAAUAAAAAGCAGACUACAGAAGGGAAUUGGCAGAAACAGCAUAAAAGAUCUGCACUCCAGGAAAGGGAAUUUUGGCAGCUGACGAAUCUUAAGGAACUAUUGGUAAGAAGUUUGUUACAAUCAAUGUGGAGAACAAUGAAGAGAACAGAAGAGCCUACAGAGAAUUGUUGUUCACAUCUCCAGGAAUUGAAAACUAUAUUAGUGGAGUCAUUCUAUUCUCAGAGACAGUCAAACAUGCUACAAAGGAAGGCAAGAACUUUGUUGAGUUAUUGAAGGAAAAAGGAAUAAUUGCUGGUAUCAAAGUGGACAAGGGUUUGGGAGUAAUUCCAGGAACUCAAGAUGAAUCAGCUACUCUUGGAUUGGAUUCAUUGGCCAACAUGGCAGCUGAACACUACAAACUAGGCUGCAGAUUUGCCAAAUGGAGAGCUGUUUUGAAAAUUGGAAAUGGAUUACCAUCCUAAUAAGCCAUCAAGGAAAAUGCAUGGGGAUUAGCUAGAUAUGCUGCCAUAUGCUAAGAAAAUGGACUUGUUCCAAUAGUCGAACCAGAAAUCCUUGCUGAUGGUGAUCAUUCUAUUGAUGUGUGCUAAAAGGUCACCGAAAAGGUUUUGGCUGCUGUUUUCAAAGCUUUGAAUGAAAACAAUGUUUUCUUGGAAGGAUGUCUUCUUAAACCAAAUAUGGUCACUCCAGGAUCAACUAACUCAGAUAGAAGUAAGGUCACUCCUCAAGAAAUUGGAUAUAGAACAGCUUUAGCCUUAAGCAGAACAGUUCCAGGAGCACUCGUCGGAGUCACAUUCCUUUCAGGUGGAUAAUCAGAAGAAGAAGCAUCUUUGAAUUUGAACGCCAUGAAUUAAUUGACUACUGUGAGAAAACCAUGGGCGUUAACCUUUUCUUAUGGAAGAGCUCUUCAAAACACAGCCGUUAAGACUUGGGCUGGUAAAUAAGAGAAUUGGGAAGCUGCCUAACAAGCUCUCUUAACUAGAGCUAAGGCCAACAGUGAAGCUUAAUUAGGUAAAUACCAAGGAGGGCAAGGAGGAGCUUCAAAUGAAUCAUUAUUCGUGGCUGAUUACAAGUAUUGAGUAUUAUGAUAUUUCAUAAAAUAAUACGUAAUAUCGUCAUUGUUUAUUCUAAAUAUAUCAUCAUAUAUAAUUUAAUGA